CCUCGCGUUAGCUAAACGCCACUAUGGUUGUCGUCUCCUACUCGCGCGUAGCGAUGCUGGCGUUGGCUGCAAUGGCCGCAUCGGUUAGCGCACACAGCAAGAUGUCGCUGCCAAAGCCUACCUGGGUCUACGAGGAAGGCACCAACAGCCCAGCGGGUACAGUGGACAGCUCCAACGUGCUGCCAGUCCCGGACGGCAUGGGCUACGAGGGUGACCCACUGUCGAACACAGAGGCGUACUGGACGGCUUUCAAUGCCAGCAAGUAUACUUCUCUUAAGGAGCUCGUGUGGGAGAACGAGGUGGUCAACACAGACUCGCUGUACGGCACUGCCACCAUCGAGUGUGGCUACUCGUGGACCAACGGCACGGCACGCGACUUGCCAGAUGAAGUGCAAUGGGACAAGCUAACUACUGGCCACGACGGCCCGUGCGAGAUCUGGUGUGAUGACACGCUGGUCUUCUCGGACCAGAACUGCGCUGUCAACUAUCCCGACAGCCCCGCCAGCUUCCCGUACGACAAGGCAGCUUGUGAGGGCAAGUCCAUGCUAACGGCGAUCUGGUUGGCGCUGCACAGCCCGCCGUGGCAAGUGUUCACUAACUGCGCCCCGCUCAAGGGCGCCACGUCGUCCAGUACGGCGACUACCACAAAGGCACCGACAGCAACUACCCCAACGUCCAGUUCUACGGAAGCCCCAAGUGCCACAACGGAGUCCUCGUUGAAGACCUCAACCGUGUCGGGUGAGGCCAGUACUGCUGCUGACUACGACGAGGCCUCAACUACGUCUACGGAGGCGUCUACCACUACGGACGCGACAACUACAGCAGAGACGGAAACAUCAACGUCGCCGCCAACGACGGCGGAAAAGUGUUCUCGCCGUCGCAGCUAAGCUGGUUUAGCAACAGCUUAGCAAGUAGGAUCAAUGUUGUUUCGUUGCGUAACUCGAUGUGGAAUACAGAAUUGGCAUGACCUAAAUUG